GCGGCUGAGCGGCGCGGGGCGGCCUCGGCCUCCGUCUCCUCUGCCGCCGCCCAGCGGGAGCUGCCAGGUUGAAUUGUUUUUCGAAAGCGUGACAACAAUCAUUCUAGCUGUGUUGGAGGACCAGACAUUCAGAUAAAUGCAGUAUCUAAAUGUAAAAGAAGAUUGCAAAGCCAUGGCUUUCUGUGCAAAAAUGAGAAACUCGAAAAAGAGCGAAGUAAGCACAGAAGUUCAAGAGCAGGGAUUGGAAAUACUAUUCUAUUUGCAAGAUAAGCCUCCUAUUCGCCACAUCAGUGGCGAGUAUACAGCAGAAGACCUCUGCUUUGAAGCUGCUCAGGAGUGCUGUAUAUCUCCAUUGUGCCACAAUCUUUUUGCGCUGUUUGAAGAAAGUAAGAGACUCUGGUAUGCACCAAACCAUGUCUUCAAGAUAGAGGAGAAAACAGCUCUCCGGCUUCAUUAUCGCAUGAGGUUUUAUUUUACCAACUGGCAUGGGACAAGUGAAAAUGAGCCAUCAGUCUGUAGACAUACGCCAAAGAAAUCAAAGAGUGCUUAUGAGAAGAAAAUUUUGCCAGAUGGAAGCCCAAUACUUGAUGGACACUCGCUAGAAUACCUUUUUGCACAGGGACAGUAUGAUUUGGUGAAGGGCCUGGCCCCAGUUCGAGACCCUAAAAAUGAUCAGGAAAUUCAUGAAAUCGAAAAUGAGUGUCUGGGAAUGGCUGUCCUUGCAAUCUCUCACUUUGCCAUCAACAAAAACACAAAGCUGCCAGAUCUUCCCAAGGACAUCAGUUACAAGCGUUAUAUUCCUGAAACUUUGAACAAGACUAUCAGACAGAGGAAUGUUUUAACCAGAAUUCGGAUAAACAACGUUUUCAAGGAGUUCCUUAAGGAAUUUAACAAUAAAACCAUUUGUGAUAGCAGCGUGUCUCCACAUGACCUGAAGGUUAAAUACUUAUCGACAAUGGAAACUUUAACGAAACAUUUUGGAGCAGAAAUUUUUGAGACUUCUUCAUUGCUGAUUUCAUCAGAGAAUGAGAAAAACAGAUUUAAUUUUGGAGAAAAUGAGAACGUUCCACAGUAUGAAGUGAUGGUGACAGGGAACAACGGAAUACAGUGGAGGCUCAAGCCAAACAUUCAACAGACUGACAAAGAGAAACAUAAACUAAAGAGGAAGAAAGUGGAUGGCAAAAACAAAAAGGAUGAAUUAAAAACCAAAAUCCAAGAGGAGUGGAACAGUUUUUCAUACUUUCCAGAAAUCACACAUGUUGUCAUAAAGGAGUCCACAGUCAAAAUUAACAAGCAGGACAACAAAAGGAUGGAAUUAAAACUCUCUUCACAUGCGGAGGCCUUGUCAUUUGCAUCAUUGAUAGAUGGAUACUUCAGACUUACAGCAGAUGCCCACCACUAUCUCUGCACUGAUGUUGCUCCACCUUUGAUAGUGCACAACAUAAAAAGUGGAUGCCAUGGCCCAAUUUGCACUGAGUACGCCACCAACAAAUUGAGACAAGAGGGGAAUGAGGAGGGAAUGUACGUGCUGAGAUGGAGUUGUACCAACUUCAAUCACAUCCUCAUGACAGUGACGUGUUCUGAAACCUCAGAGUCACAGGUAAACAGUUCAGUCCAGUACAAAAACUUCCAGAUUGAGAUGAAGAAAAAUGAGUGCCUUCUGCAUGGCUCCAAUAGGUCUUUCUCAUCCUUAAAAGAGCUGAUGGAUCACUUGAAGGGACAAGUCCUUAAGACAGACAAUAUCAGCUUUACACUGAGGAGAUGCUGCCAGCCAAAACCAAGAGAAAUCUCCAACUUAUUAGUGGCAACAAAGAAAGCACAGGAAUGGCAGCCAGUUUACUGUCUAGGUCAGUUGAGUUUCCAUCGAAUCCUCAAAGAUGAAAUUACCCAAGGUGAACACCUGGGAAGAGGAACAAGGACACAGAUUUACUCUGGGGUACUCAACUAUAAGGAAUAUGAGAGUGAAGGGUACCAGGAUGAAAAAGAGAUCAAAGUCCUCCUCAAAGUCUUGGACCCCAGCCACAGGGAUAUUUCUCUGGCUUUUUUUGAAACGGCAAGCAUGAUGAGGCAGGUUUCCCACAAACACAUCGUCCUUCUUCACGGGGUUUGUGUCCGUGACGUGGAAAAUAUUAUGGUUGAAGAGUUUGUUGAAUUUGGACCUUUGGAUCUCUUUAUGCACCGGAAAAGUGAUGUUCUUACAACUCCUUGGAAGUUCAAAGUAGCUAAACAGCUUGCAAGCGCACUAAGCUACUUGGAGGAUAAAGAUCUAGUACAUGGAAAUGUGUGUACUAAAAAUAUACUGUUGGCAAGAGAGGGAAUAGACAGUGAAUAUGGUCCUUUCAUAAAGCUGAGUGACCCAGGAAUUCCAAUAACUGUGCUGUCCAGACAAGAAUGUGUUGGCCGAAUACCUUGGAUUGCACCAGAAUGUGUGGAAGAUUCCAAAAAUUUAAGCAUUGCAGCAGACAAGUGGAGUUUUGGCACAACGCUAUGGGAAAUCUGCUACAAUGGAGAAAUACCCCUGAAGGAUAAGACAUUAGCAGAGAAAGAGAGGUUUUACGAAGGACACUUCAUGCUGGUGACACCAUCCUGCAAGGAGCUCGCUGACUUGAUGAAACAGUGCAUGAACUAUGACCCCAAUCAGAGACCAUUCUUCAGAGCAGUUAUGAGGGACAUUAAUAAACUGGAGGAACAAAAUCCUGAUAUUGUGUCUGAAAAGAAGCCUUAUGCAGAAGUUGAUCCCACCCUGUUUGAAAAACGGUUCUUGAAGAGAAUCCGUGACCUAGGGGAGGGUCACUUUGGCAAGGUUGAACUCUGCAGAUACGAUCCAGAAGGUGACAAUACAGGAGAGCAGGUGGCUGUAAAGUCCCUGAAACCAGAGAGUGGUGGAAAUCACAUUGCUGAUCUGAAGAAAGAGAUUGAAAUCUUGCGGACUCUUUAUCAUGAUAACAUAGUAAAAUACAAGGGGAUCUGCACAGAAGACGGAGGAAGUGGAAUUAAACUUAUCAUGGAGUUUCUUCCUUCGGGGAGUCUCAAGGAAUAUCUCCCUCGCAACAAGAACAAAAUCAACUCAAAACAGCAGCUGAGAUACGCAGUUCAGAUCUGCAAGGGAAUGGAUUAUUUGGGCUCCUGUCAGUAUGUUCACCGGGACUUGGCAGCCAGAAACGUCCUUGUUGAAAGUGAGAACAGAGUGAAGAUUGGAGACUUUGGCCUCACAAAAGCUAUUGAAACAGAUAAGGAAUACUACACCGUGAAAGAUGAUCUUGACAGCCCUGUCUUCUGGUACGCUCCAGAAUGCCUGCUUCAGAGCAAAUUUUACAUUGCUUCAGAUGUCUGGUCAUUUGGAGUGACAUUGUAUGAGUUACUUACCUACUGUGACUCUGAAUCCAGUCCAAUGGCAGAAUUCUUGAAAAUGAUUGGUCCCACCCAAGGCCAGAUGACAGUAGCACGGCUUGUGCGUGUAUUACAAGAAGGGAAGCGUUUACCACGUCCACCAAACUGCUCAGAAGAGGUUGAUCAGCUGAUGAGGAAGUGUUGGAUGUAUAUUCAGACUGAACGGACCACCUUUCGCAACCUUAUUCAAGGAUUUGAAGCACUUAUAAGUAAAACCUAAUUCACAUUUUUGUAUUGUCAGUGCUAUAAAUGUGUCAAAAUACAAUGUGCAAGUCUUCUAUUUUUAAAUACUGUAGUUUGUACUCUGGCUAUGCUAAUAUGCAUUUAAAAGUUUCUUUUCUCCAAGGGUUUACUUUUUGUUUUUGUUUAGUCAGCACACGGAUCAAGACAACUCAAUAUCAUAAUAGAAAUUUGUUUCUCAAAAAGGCAUGUUUGAUCAAUGUGUACAUUAUAUGGAUUAUAUUGGGCUAAUCAGAAUUGAAAAACGUGUCAAGAAAGACUAAUUCUCAGUGCCAACGUAUGUAGCGCAUUAAAUAAAUAUUCUGUCCUUAGAGGGUAUACUUCCUAAUUAGCUGAGCCAGAAGGCAUACAGAACUUGCCAAGGCAACUGCUUUUCAAGUAUGCAAACUUUUAUGGGUGUACAAAAUUUUUUUUUUGAAACACUGGCUGACAGAAAACCCUAUAAUGUCCUUCAUGUGCACAGGAGUUUUAAAAACAUAAUU